AACUCAUGACGUUUAAACCACCUGGAUAAUAGUACUCUCUGAGCAAGCCAUUUUCUCGAAGCAAUGGCUGCCGCACUUCUUCCCGUCGCCAUUCCGACAUCGUCCCUUUAUUCUCGAAAGCAAAGCGUCGCCUGUGCGAGCUCCUCCUUCGAAUUUCUUCACAAGCGGCGGUUUUCGAUACGCUCUUUAACUUUCCCUCCCUCAUCGAGCCAAUGGAGUGCAGUAGUUUUCCGACUGCCGCGCGGUGGAUCGGUCUUUCUUUUCGUACCACUGAAGAAAGUCUAAGGGGUGCUUUCCAAAAUUUUGGGGAGCUUUUAGAAGUGAACCUUGUUAUGGACCGGAUUGCCAACAGACCAAGAGGCUUUGCUUUUCUUCGUUAUGCCACAGAGGAGGAAUCCAAGAAGGCUAUUGAAGGGAUGCAUGGGAAGUUUCUUGAUGGCAGAGUUAUUUUCGUGGAAGUGGCUAAGCCAAGGGCUGAGCUGCGCCAGAAUUCUAAACCAGCUUCAAGACCACUCUAUUAACAUUCAUAUGCUGUAAUGCAUUUUGAAACAUGUCAAACACUAAUAUUGUACCAAAUUAGAUUAGGGUUCAUCUGAUUGAGUUGCAAAUUAGAAUCAAUUUUUUU